UGCUCCUUUCGGUUGGAUCGCUCCUCUACUCUUUCUCUCGGCGGUGGGUCGGAGCCGCGGUCCCUGGCCUCGCAUGUUCCCCUCCAAACUCCCGGUUUCAAUUCGAUGCCCCGCCUGUAGCUUCGCUCCAUCUCCACGCCACUGAAGGGCUGCAGUCCGGCGUCCGUUGUCUUAUUUAUCCCACCAUUUGUUUCUUUAGGGAUUUAAAGCCGAACAUGGCCGUGGUGAGCGGAUCGUCUGGGCCGGUUGCCCGGCUCGAGGGCCGUGAAUUCGAAUACAUGAUGAAAAAGCGCUCGGUGACCAUCGGCCGCAACUCGUCCCAGGGCUCCGUGGACGUGAGCAUGGGCCACUCCAGCUUCAUCUCCCGCAGGCACCUGGAGAUAUUCACCGCCAGCGACGACGGCACCGGCGGCGGCGAUUUUUACCUGAGGUGUCUCGGUAAAAACGGGGUGUUUGUAGACGGAGUGUUCCUCAGACGGGGCGCCCCUCCUCUGCAGCUUCCACGAAUGUGCACGUUCAGAUUCCCCAGCACAAACAUCAAGAUCACGUUCACAGCUCUGUCCACUGGAAAGAAGGUGAAGCGCGAAGCUCCAGAGUCCCCAGUGAAACCAGUGCAGCCGCUGAUCUCCCCACUGACUAUCAACAUUCCAGACAACAUCGCUCACCUUAUGAGCCCCCUGCCGUCGCCGACUGGCACCCUCAGUGCUGCUAACUCGUGCCCCUCCAGCCCGCGGGGCGCAGGCUCUUCAGGCUACAGGAUGGGCGGUCGCAUGGUCAGCUCUGCAGAGCUGCAGCUUAUGAACGACAACUCCCAGCCUGAGAACGACAAAGACGCCUCCGGAGGGGACAGUCCCAAGGAUGACUCCAAGCCUCCGUACUCCUAUGCACAGCUGAUUGUCCAGGCCAUAACUCUGGCUCAGGACAAGCAGCUCACACUAAACGGAAUCUACAAUCAUAUCACAAAGAACUAUCCUUACUACAGGACUGCAGACAAGGGCUGGCAGAACUCGAUUCGUCACAAUCUGUCCUUGAACCGUUAUUUCAUCAAAGUGGCGCGGUCGCAGGAGGAACCUGGCAAAGGCUCGUUCUGGAGGAUAGACCCGUCCUCAGAGGGCAAGCUGAUAGAACAGGCCUUCAGGAAACGAAGGCCCCGGGGCGUCCCCUGCUUCAGGACCCCCCACGGACCCCUCUCCUCCAGGAGUGCACCAGUGUCUCCCAAUCACUCGGGGGUGCUCUCCGCUCACUCCAGUGGCGUCCAAACCCCCGACAGCCUAUCACGAGAGGGCUCACCGGUUCCGCUGGAGUUGGAGACCCCCUCUGCUCCCACCCCGGUGUCCGCCGCUGCAGUCCAGCCCAAACUGGCAAUCGUCCAGGAAGCACGCUUUGCACAAAACACAACAGGCUCGCCUGUCAACAACCAGCCGGUACUCAUAGCAGUCCAGCGCCAGUUACCUCAAACCAUCAAGCCAGUGACCUACACCAUGGCAUCCCCAGUGAGCACCAGCAACUCCCAGCCUGUGGUCCAGACUGUCCACGUCCUACAGCAGAUCCCGGCAGGGUCCCUGAACCCCGCCACCAUCAUCACCCAGCCAGCCACCAUCAUCAAGAGUGGGACGCAGGAGAACGGAGAGCGCACAGAGGUCAAAGUCAAAGUGGAGACGGUUCCAACCAUCACCUCUAUAGGCGGCUCCAGUCGCAUCAUCCAGAGCUCCCAGUCAGCCACCGCCCUGCAGACCGUAACCAUAGUGCAGCAGGCCCCCUUGGGUCAUCACCAGCUGCCCAUCAAGGCCAUCACACAAAACGGCACCCACAGCAUCACCACUGCCAUCCAGGGACCCACCAGCUCAGCCCCGGCUGUGGCGAGCCCCCUCCACCUGCUGGCGGACCAUGCCUCCGCCUCGGCCUCCCUCCCCACCAAACGCCAGAACGGGGAUCAGCUGGCCAGCGGACAGCCGGACGCCAAGCGUGUCAAAGUGGAGGACGAGGGGGCCUCGUCCGUCGCAGCAGACUCGGACUCGUCGGCAGCUAACAACCAUGGAAGCCACCCCAACUAGUCUGCACCACCACAUGCACCACACAACCCCCACCACCACCACCAUCACUGUCUCCUCCCCCCUCCAUUGUUUCUCCCUUUCUCGUCUCCCCUUCCCCGUCGUUUUGUUUUGUUUCUCCUACUUCUACCACUGACUCCAGAGGUGCCAAAAGGAGAGGAUUCUUUUCAUUUUCAGUUUGAGUUCUGUUCUCGAGCGUCAAAAAGAAUAUAGAUAUGUCCACCCCUUACAGACUGGAAUGUGGGUCGAGAACAAAAAAAUACAGAAACGGGACAAAGAACUCAAAGGUGCCCCCUGUGAGCCACUGAAACAGAAGAGUGAUGAAACCAAGACCACAGGAAGCCUUAACAACAAUUAACCCUUCAGAGCUGACCUUUGACUGAGCUCGGGCUGGACGCCACCUGUCUGUCGCAUCUACCUCAGAGCAGAUAGGAGACCCCAGUGGAGACCACACCCCCCCAGUCUGCGACCAACCGAGAACGUCGAGCAUUUAAUGGUUAAAAAAUAACGGUCAACGCAUUUAGAAAGGAAUCAACUCGGAGCCAAUAUUCCUGAAACUCUGGCAGCUAGCCUCUCACAAUACUGACCUUCCUUUAUCGCAGCUGUACGUAGAUAUGCAGUAUUUUGUUUUUCAAAAUGUGGAGCAUAGGAUUUUUUUUAAAUGUAUUUUCACCUCUCUAGAUAAGUAAUAAUUUAAUUAAAGGAAGAGUAAAAAACGGUGAAGUCGGUGACAUUUCGGUAACCAAGUUAGAAAUCUCACUUUUUCUAUUAUUAUUAUGUGGAAUUCAUUUUUUUCUCUUCAGUGAAACGGUGUAAUAGUUUUCGUAAUAUUUGUUUCUUUCCCCCUCGUUCUGACAUAUCCAUAUAAUGCCUACAUAUUUUAAUACUUGCACAGAUAACCGAUAUAAGCAUAUGAAUUCUCCAUGUGUAGUUCCAGAUGUUGACCUUGCAUGUAUCCGAUGGAGAAGUUGAACAGAGGAAAAAAGAAAAAAAAAAGACCUGCUUUGUCCAAACCAGACCUGCACUUGAUGAAAUGUUUGUGUUUUACUUUCCUUCCUUCUCUUAAGUUUUUUUUGUUUUGUUUUCCCUCCCACCACCACCACCCUCCCUCUCCUCCUCCUCCUCACUCUCCUCACCUGCUCCUGGCUGUGUUGACAUUGUGGUGUUGGCAGACCCUACCCCAGCUCCUCCACCCCCCCCCCCCCCCCCCUUCAUUUGCUCAAUUAUUUCACUCUGCUCUGGCGACCCGGGGAGUCUGUUUUCUGACUGUACACGUUCCAAACAAAGGUAAAAUGGAAAAAAAAUUGAUGUUUGUUCUGCUUCAGUGGAGAAAUGCUUUUUUUUUUUUUUUUUUUUUUUUAAUAAAUUAAUUUAAAGCCCAUUUCUGCAUCUGUUGCUUGGAUAUGAGCACCAUCUCUAGUGGUUGUAUUUCCUAAUGUUUCCACCAGGGAGCAUUAGAGGAUUGUUUUAAAGCUCUCAGGUGGUUAAGAAGCAGCUGGUUUACUUUAACACAAGAUGGCUGCAUCAGCACAGUCAAAGAGUAAUAGAAGAGAGCAAACUAAAGUAAAAUAUUUCAUACAUCAUUUUGCUUACAAAUGUCACCAUUCUGUGUUUUUUUUCAUACUCAGUUUUUCCAAACAUGCAUCUCUAAUUUCCCGUUUGAAGAAUUCAGUGAUAUACUGUGUUGUACGACACCUCUCCUGCUAUUUAUGAUGAAUAAACCAUUCAAGAAAACAG